UGUUAUAUUUUAGGGAAACAUCAGAUCAUGUGUCCGUCAUGAGAUUCGAUGAGUCAGGUUGUUAGAGUGGGCAGUGAUGUCAGAUGUGAGCACUAAACUGUGCCUGAAGGAACUGGCCCAGACCUCACCGCCCGCCUUCCCAACUCCGUUGGGUGUCGAAAGUGACUAACGACCACGUCGUGAUUACCCGCUGAACCCAACACCUGAGGCCAUCAACAUACCCGUCCCGGUUUAGCGUGCCACCCUCGCUGCCUGCCCUUUUUCUCUCUCCUUCUCCUUUCCGCCCCGUCGACUUCAUCCUUCCUCUCAAGGCAAAUCUCCAUCGUGUUCAACUAAGGAUUUCCCCAGUCAACCACUUGUAUCUAGGGCACCAAGCUACCCUUUUCCCUCCUCCCCCUCCUUCAAGUUACUCCCACCAACCUCUCCAACAUCCUUCCAAAAGGAGUUUCAAGUACAGGCAGCCUUUAAGCUACCCUGAGUCCUUGACAACACACAACCGGUCAAGUUUGCUUCGCGAUUUCCUUCCCGUUCAAGUCUGUCCAACUCUCGACCUUGUGUCCUCAGUCAUCAAAAUGUCUACUGCCGUCGAAAAUCACGCCGACAACCAGGCCUCUACCACCCCCGCCGCCACCACCACCGAGGCUACCAACGGCACUGCUCCCGCCGCUCCGGCGCAGUCCACCGAUGCUGCCGCGGCCAGUGCUGACGAGGGGCGUCGGCUGUACAUUGGGAAUCUCGCUUACGCGACCACUGAGGGGGAGCUCAAGGAGUUCUUCAAGAACUACAAGAUUGAAAGCGUCUCCAUCCCUGUAAACCCUCGCACCAACCGCCCUGUUGGCUAUGCCUUCGUCGAUCUUGCUACUGCUCACGAGGCUACCUCUGCUAUUGGUGAGCUCUCCGGAAAGGAGAUUCUCCAGCGCAAGGUCUCUGUUCAGCUUGCCCGCAAGCCCGAGCCUGCUGAGGCCAAGGCUGAGGGGGCUGUAAGUGGUGGUGAGGGAGCCAGUGGCAACGAGGGCCGCAGGAGGAACGGUGGUCGUGGCCGUGGCCGUGGCCGCGGUCGCGGUCGUGGAGGUCGCUUCGGUCGCGGAGGCCGUGCGCAGAGCCAGCCCCAGAAUGGCCAGGCUGCUGCUCCCGCCGAGCCUACCAACGUCCCUGGUCAGGUCGCUCCUCUGACUGAGGUCGCCAACCAGAACGAUGAGACCGCUACCGCUGAAUCUGGCAAGCAGGCUGCUAAGGCUCGUGCUGCUCGCCCCCAGAAGCAGCGUGGCCCCCCUGAGGAUGGUAUCCCUUCGAAGACCAAGGUCAUGGUGGCCAACCUCCCUUAUGAUCUCAGUGAGGUAAAGCUCAAGGAGAUCUUCGCCGCCUACCAGCCCGUUUCCGCCAAGAUUGCUUUGCGCCCCAUUCCCCGCUUUAUGAUCAAGAAGCUCCAGGCUCGCAACGAGCGCCGCAAGGGCCGUGGCUUCGGUUUUGUCACCCUGGGCUCCGAGGAGCUGCAGGAGAAGGCUGUGAAGGAAAUGAAUGGCAAGGAGAUCGAGGGUCGUGAGAUUGCCGUCAAGGUUGCCAUCGAUAGCCCCGGCAAGGAAGACGAUGCGGUUGCCGCUCCCGCUACUGCCGACGAGAAGACAGAACAGGCAGCCGAAGCUCCGGUGCAGGAGAAGGAGAACGCUGCCCCAGCUGCAGCUUAAAAGACAAGUCGUUCCCAUCCCGAACGAGUUAGAAACCCCAAGAUACACUAAUGUGUCUCCGGGGGGAUUACUGAAGGAGGAAGAAUAAGGACCUUCGUGCGGAUGAUACUUCAUACUCGGUGCCGUCGAGAAGCGUUUUACAAAAGUCAAAAAAAGGUUAAAAAAGACGAGGCCAAAACAUGAAACGCAAAAGUUAUGAGAAUAUUAUUCCCGUUCGACGCGGUCUUGAGGGGACAGAGGUUGCCAUGAAGAUGAG